GCCUCCUUCUCCAUUCCUUUCCACGUCACACAUUUGGGAUAGACGGGUAGACAUUUAUCUAGCCCUCACUUUCGUCAGACUCUCCAUUGGAUAUAACACUCCAGUUCCCGCUCCUGCCGGACAUUAAGUGGCAGAAUGGGCGUCCACAGGAGGAGAUGGGAUAACACAAUCACAUUGCUGGCAAUCGCUGCAUGUCUGGUGUUCUCUGAUGCUCAGCAUGAACCUGGAUUUUGUUCAAUGUACGAUGAAUGUGGAAAGAACCCCACUGUGUCCGGAUCCUUGCUCAACUCAAACGUACCCUGCAAAAAUUAUGGAGCGGCAAGACAAGUUGUUGGAGUGCACUACAACCUAUUGAAGCAGGUUUGCCCCAUGCUGGACCGGGGUGAGGGGCAAACAUUUGCCUGUUGCUCCUAUCAGCAACUCAUGUCCCUGCAGAGCAGUCUGACUCUGUCCAAAGCCGUGCUCGUGCGGUGCCCGUCCUGCGCUUACAACUUCGCCCACGUUCACUGUGUGACUACCUGCAGUCCAAACCAGAGCCAGACAAUCAACAUCACCAGAACUAUUCCUGUCAACAUUUCCGGAACGGAAAAAGAGGCCGUGGUCGCCUACCAAACCUACAUUUCUACUGACUUCUCUGACGUGUCCUUUAGAUCCUGUAAGAAUGUGAGAAUUCCGGCAACUGGAGGAUUCGCCAUCGCUACAAUGUGUGGUCGAUACGGUGCUAAGCUGUGUACCGCUCAGCGCUGGCUAGACUUCCAGGGCGACUCAAGCAACGGUCUGGCUCCCCUUGACAUUGACUUCAGGCUCAUACCACCAGAGCAGAGCGCAGAUGUUCCAGCAGGAAUGGUUGCUUAUGCAGGGAUGGUUCUGGGUUGUAAUGAGACAACACCAACUGGAGGAAAAGAAUGCUCCUGCCAGGACUGCGAGGACAGCUGCCCACCAGUUCCCCCACCAGGGCCUCUGCCCGGCCCCUUUACGAUCCGCGACGUGGAUGGGGUCCUCGUGAUUUGCUCUAUUCUCUUCUUCUUUAUUUUACUCAUGUUCCUGGUUUACCUCAUUGCUAUUUGUUGCGAUGGUAAAAAGUCAAAGAGGAGAAAGGACAAGAAUGCUAAUGAAGUAGACCACACCCUAAACCUGACAGUGCAUCCCAGCGAGAUUACAUGCACUGACAAAGCAAGUCUGGCCACCCAAGAGUUCCUGGGAUCGAUGUUCCAGAGCUGGGGAACUGUAAUGGCAAGACACCCGCUAAAGGUGAUCUUUGCAUCCGUGUUUGUUGUAGCAGCAUUUUCGACUGGGAUGAUGAACAUGGAACUCACAACUGAUCCUGUUCAACUCUGGUCAGCUCCCAAUAGCCGUGCCAGGCGUGAAAAAGACUUCCAUGAUGCCAAUUUUGCCCCCUUCUUCCGUACUAAUCAGUUGAUUCUGACAGCUCCAGGCAGGCCCAGCUAUAUCUACGACUCCAUACUCUUUGGCAGAACCUACUUCAGUGGCCUCAUCUCUAAAGACCUAAUUUUACAGCUGUUGGAGCUUCAGCAGAAAAUCCAGGCUAUCGAAUUCUGGUCAGAAGAACUCAACAAAACUGCUUCCCUUAAAGAUGUCUGCUAUGCUCCUCUUAACCCGACAAACCCCUCUUUAACGGACUGUGCUGUCAACAGCCUACCUCAGUACUUCCAAAACAGUGUGGAAAAUCUGAACGCAAAAGCUAACAUGACUGAGCUCGGAGUGACUAAAGAAGUCGACUGGAGAGACCAUUUCAUUUACUGUGUGAACUCUCCGUUAUCCUUUCAAGACAUCACAGCACUCGACAUGAGCUGUAUGUCAGACUACGGAGGUCCAGUCUUUCCCUUCUUGGCUGUGGGAGGAUAUGAAGAUGAAGACUUUACCAACGCUGAGGCAUUCAUCCUCACCUUUUCUCUCAAUAACUAUGCACGAGAUGACCCAAAGUUUAAAGUGGUGGAAAAAUGGGAGUCCAUGUUCCUAGAGAUAGUUAAGGACUACCAGAACGAUCCCAAUACAAACUUCACAUUCGCUUAUAUGGCUGAGAGGUCUUUAGAGGAUGAAAUCAACAGAACUACAGUGGAGGACUUCCCCAUCUUCAUGAUCAGCUAUGGAGUCAUCUUCUUAUACAUCGCUAUAGCUCUGGGAGAAUACACAUCCUUUAAGCGCAUCCUGGUGGAUUCUAAGAUUGUGGUUGGGCUGGGUGGUAUACUGAUUGUCGGCUGCUCAGUCCUCACAUCUAUGGGCUUUUAUGGCUGGGUUGGAAUUCCUUCCUCGCUGAUCAUUGUGCAGGUGGUGCCCUUCCUCGUGCUCGCUGUUGGAGCUGAUAACAUUUUCAUCUUUGUUCUGGAAUAUCAGAGAGAUGAACGCCGGUCUGGAGAAACGAGAGAGGAGCAGAUUGGCCGAGUUCUAGGAAGCGUAGCUCCCAGCAUGCUUCUUUGCAGCUUGUCUGAAUCUGUCUGCUUUUUUCUGGGCGCUCUCAGCACCAUGCCUGCAGUGAAGACAUUUGCGCUGUAUGCUGCACUUUCUGUCUUAAUUGACUUCCUGCUGCAGAUGACAGCUUUUGUAGCUCUUCUGUCUCUCGAUGCUCGGCGGCAGGACGCUAACCGCUAUGAUGUGGCCUGCUGCGUGAGAGUGAAGAACCCACCCCCCUCCAAACCCAACCAGGGAUUCCUCUUCCCGCUAAUGAAGAAAUACUACGCUCCUGCGCUGCUCUGUGGCUUUUCCAGAAUAGUAGUGAUGGUGGUGUUUCUCUUCAUGUUCUGUGCUUCCAUCUUCCUCAUGUGCCAUGUGAAGGUGGGCUUGGACCAGGAGCUGUCCAUGCCAACUGACUCCUAUAUGCUCAGAUACUUUGAAUAUCUGAACAAGUACUUUGAAGUUGGGGUGCCUACAUACUUCGUGACGACAAAAGGAUUCAACUUCUCCAGUUUGGCUGGGAUGAACGCAGUGUGCUCCAGUGUAGGCUGUGACCAGUUCUCCCUCACUCAGAAGAUCCAGUAUGCUACGGAAUACCCAGAGAGAUCCUACAUGGCUAUCCCAGCUUCCUCCUGGGUGGACGAUUUUAUUGAUUGGCUGAACCCUGGAUCAAGAUGUUGCCGUAUUUACACCUCUGGACCUAACACGGGGAAAUUUUGUCCAGCCAGUGAAAGUGCCUUUUUAUGUUUGAGGAGGUGUAUGCCACUCACAGAAGAUGGGGUCGUGCGACCCAAUGAGACAGAGUUCAACACAUUUCUGCCCAGUUUCUUGGGUAACCGGCCAGACCUGCAGUGCCCCAAAGGUGGUUUGGGAGCUUAUGACACAGCUGUGGUGGCUGACAACGUCACUGGGGAAAUAGUAGCAUCACGUUUCAUGGCCUAUCACACCCCUCUGAAAAACUCUCAGGAGUACACAACAGCCCUGAAGAUAGCAAGAGAACUGGCCCACAACAUCACAAUGGCCAUGAGAGACAUGAAUGGGACAGAUCCAGAUUUUGAAGUUUUCCCUUACACUGUGACCUACGUGUUUUAUGAGCAGUACCUUAGUAUUGUGUACGAGGGGCUGGUGAACAUCGCUCUGUGCCUGCUGCCCACCUUCAUAGUGUGCUGUAUUCUGCUGGGCAUGGACCUGCUCUCCGGCCUCCUCAACCUGCUCACCAUAGUGAUGAUCACUGUUGAUACAGUGGGGGUUAUGACACUGUGGGGCAUCGACUACAAUGCUGUGUCUCUCAUCAAUCUUGUGACGGCUGUGGGGAUUUCGGUGGAGUUUGUGUCUCAUAUGACGCGUUCCUUUGCUCUCAGCACUUUACCCACGAGGGUGGAAAGAGCCAAAGAUGCUACAGCUAAGAUGGGCAGUGCGGUGUUUGCUGGCGUUGCUAUGACAAACCUGCCCGGCAUCAUCGUGCUGGCGUUCGCAAAGGCUCAACUCAUCCAGAUUUUCUUCUUUAGACUGAACCUGGUCAUCACUCUGCUGGGCAUGGCGCACGGCCUUAUCUUCUUGCCUGUGUUCCUCAGCUACUUCGGUCCUCCUUUGAAUAAGGCUGUACUGCUGGAGGCCCAGAAGAAAAAAGCUCAAGAGAUGGAAUCACGCAACAAAACACUGACAACAAAACUAUGACAACAUGAGCUUUGAAAAUAAUGAGACUGGCAUCAAAUUAGAGUCCUUCCUCUGAGACAGGAGUGUGUGUUUUGUUUAUUUAAAAAGGACAUUAUGCCAAUACACACAAGUGCAAUAUAAGGGUCAGAGGAGCUGGACGGUAAACAAUCUUGCCUUAGUUAGGGACAGUCUCACAGACAGGAAUUAAACCUAGUCUUGAACUGCACAGCAUUUAGAGAGGAGACCUCCUAUUGAAAAGGACAUUUAGUAUAGGACUUUAGUAUAGGCUUAAUCCCUGUCUGAGAAUCCAACCCUUAAUGCUGCUCGGGCCUCGGUGGACUGCAGUUUGUGUUUGCCUGUUUGAAUACACCUUAUUCAGCUCUCACAGAGGUUGUUAACUUGGGGAAAAUGUAAAUAGUUUACAUGAUUGUCCCCAAUCUAGUCGAUCAGCUUGAACUUUGUACAUGUUUCUAGAUAACAGUAUGUAAUAUAGUGGCAGAAACCACAUAAGCUAGUCUUUUAUAAUAGAGAUCGCUGAACUUGUGGAAUAUGAAGGAGUGGAUUGGUUAAAACAUCAUUUUUGCAAUAUUGACUGCUUACCUCAUACAUCAUAUUUUAUGUAAGAAUUUUGUGUCUUUAGAGUAGCACUGACAAUACAGGGCUAACAAAGCUAGGUUAAAAAACAACAACAAAAGAAAUCAUCUGCCAACCAAAACAUCUGUAAAAAACAAAUCUUGAAUAAGAAUGCGGAGAAUAGUCAAUAACUUGCCUUAAUGUGCAGGCCUACUGUAAAAAAUGACAAAAGAACAGCCAAGUUUCAUCUUUACCUCAGAGUCGGACUCCUUGUGUGCACGGAUGUCACAAAUGUCGGUCAUGGUGUAGAAAACGUAUGGGAAUUGAAUAAAAACUGUGUCAGUAUGAUGUGUAUGCAAGCAAAAAGGAGCUGGAUUUGGCUGCUAUCAGCUAAAAGGUUAGGUUUAGGCUAGUAGCUUAAGUAAAGAAGCAAAAUAUAGACAAAAUACAUCUGAAUUAUUUUUUUAAAUUAAGGAUUAGCUGUAAGUUAUAACAUUCUAUAUCAAUAAAAUGAAUUGUUACUUUUAUUAACUGUUAUUUAAUCAAUUUAUUAUUUAGCUACAGCUCACAAUUCCCACAGUGCUAAUUGACAACAUAUACACUUCCAUUAGCUAGCUAGCUACCUAGAUUAGGUCAUGUGGCUUAAGAGCAAAUCUAAAGCAAAUUUCUCACACCAAACAUGUCUUGGCUGACUGACUACAUUUUGGGUUAAACUGUGUAAAAACACAAUAAUUGCUCAAAACAUGGGUUCCUAGAAUCUAGGUCUUCUUUAAAAGCCUUAAUGAUCCAGGCUUAUUGAAACUCUUGUGCAAUAGUUAUUAGGAGGCUGUAGCUAUAAAGGAGAAACUCAAGUGUGAUGUAGACUUGGGGUUUAGUAAAACAUGUUAACAAGUGUGAAUAUUUGUCAAAUAGAUCACAUCUGUGGGCAUAGCACUGCCUUAUUUUUACACCAUUAACAAGCUCAAAGUAUCUUCGCACUCCAUUGGUAGAAUUCUGAGGGCCCUAACAUUUAAAACAGGUAUGACAUUUAAAUGACUGUUUAAAUACACAGUACCUAGAGGUAGUUCUUUGGGCACAGCCGUCUAUAAAUGAAUCACGAUGAGUUGACUGACCAGUAUGAACAAAUAGGUAACGUAGGGGAACAGUUUUCAGCUGCUGCUGAAAAUAUUUCAAUAAUAUUCAUUAAUUUCCACUGAAUUAAUUUAGCAAUCUGUUCCCCUAACCUCAUUUAAAUAUCAGGGCCCUCAGAAUUCUACCAACAAAGUGUGGAGCUCUUUGAGUUUGUUAAUGGUGUAAAAAUAGGCAUUUCUUUGUAUGGGCAAUGCCACGCCACGCCACGCCCCUAUUACUAGCACUGUAUGCAGUUUUUGUUAAUGCUGAGGGUGAAUGAAGGUGGGCUAUUCGACAAUAGUUUCUAUUGGUUAUUAUGUUUCACUAAACCCCAAGUGCAUUUUAUACUUGUUCUCCUUUAAGAACUGAACACUGUAUGUUUUCUUCAACAUUCUUGCCUUCUCCUGUCCACCUAGUAAUCUGGAUUACUAUGGCGCGACACACGUAUUUGCUGCAUCACUUAUGAACUCUACAGUUUUCCCAUAAUAGCGGAAAACUAAAAUUACAAGAAUGUUUCAGAUUUCUCUCAUUUUUUACACAUAUUUUACACUCACUAUUUGUUUUAGUUUUUUUUGUCAAAUGUACUGUGUUUUAUUUAAUUCCGUUAUACUUGUGUGUACUAGUGUGUGGGGAAAUUAGAGAACAAUACACUGAACACUCCAGAGAAAAGAAAGUAAUAUCUUCUGUUUGUAUCACUGAAUGAUUAUAUGAAAUGCACUUUGGGGAUUUUUA